GCCGGGCACGGGGAGCGGCCCUGGGAGGUGACACAGCGCCUGGGAGCGGGGCAGCUGCAGCAGCUGCCAGGCCCAGGGGAAGGCUGGGCAGGCUCGGCUCUCUCGCCGGCCCAAGGCAGGGUCAGCCCGGCCAGACCCGAGCGGCUGCUGGCAGGGGCGGGCUCCCUUUCCCGCCGAGCCGCGGCGGAGGGCGGCCGCUACGGGCAGCAGACGUGCCCGGGUAUGUGCCAGAGCCUCCUUGCUCCCCGGGCGAGGGGAGGCCAUAGACCCAGGCACAAAGAGCAAACGCGGCUGCCUUGGCGCGUCCUGGGGCGGGCGGAGACCCCGGCAGGGAGGGAGCCUGGUGCGGGGACAGACCGCGGCAGCGUCUCGAGGACUGUGAAUGGGAGACAGCGGAAGCAGGCAGCACCUUCCCGCCGGCUGGCACAGAGGGCGGACGGGCCCCCGAGGCCUAGGGCCGGACGGAGCUGUGUGUCCGUGCGGAGCCCGCCCGGCCGCUCGCUGAGGGACUAGCCUGAGCGGGCUCUGGCUGACGCUGAGGAGCCCGUGCCCACGCUCUGUCGCUGGCGGGUAGCAGGGGAGCCCGGCCACAGCGCCUGCGGGGUGCAUGAGCCUGGCGCAGCCCGAGGGGGACAUGGAGGCUCCGGCUGCCGGAGAUUCUUCAGCCGCUCCCGCGCUAGUCGGCGGCCCGCCAGAGGAGGAAGAGCAGCGGCCGGAGGAGGCGAAGGCUGGGGACAGCGGCCCUCGCUGCCGCUGGCAACAGAACCUGAGCCCGGAGCUCCAGCAGGGUUACCGGAUCCUGCGCGAGUUUCUGCUGGAGAAGCACCGGCCACUGACGGCUCCUUUUCUGAAGCCCCUGCGAGACCAGGCCGCCGUCGCGGAGGAAGGAGAAGCCGCCUCCCUGGCAGGUCGCAGCGGCAGCGACUCUCUUCCACAGCAAGCGGCGGGGAUGUGGCUGCUGAAGAUGGAAGAAAAAUUUUCCAGUGGACAAUAUGCUGGCAUCACGGAUUUCGUGGCCGAUUUUCGGCUAAUGCUUGAGACGUGUUACCGGCUGCACGGGGUGGAUCACUGGCUCUCCAAACAGGCCCAGAAGCUGGAGAUGAUGCUGGAACAAAAGCUGGCGUUGCUGUCCCGGCACUUGAGAGAGAAGACAACAAUAGCAGUAACAUCCAAAGGGUACUAUGGGUUGGAAGAUGAGAAAGGAACAGCAUGCACUUCAACAAGGCGUCGUUCCACACCUCGCAGUUUAGCAGGCUUGACAGCAGGCAUUUUUGAGUCCAUAAUGGUUCAGGUUCUGAGACAAGAAGAACAACAGAGAGCAAAAGAAGAAAAGAGGCUACGAGAGCAAGAACGAAAAGAGGCAGAAGAAGCUAGUCAGAAAGAAAUAGAAGAAUGGGAAAAGUCACUUUUAGCUGAAGCAGCACCUACAAGGAUGGAGACCAUGUGGGAAAUUCCAGCUAUUGGUCAUUUCCUUUGUUUAGCACAACAGAUUCUAAACUUGCCUGAAAUAGUCUUCUACGAAUUGGAACGUUGUCUUCUAAUGCCUCAGUGUAAUGCUUUUUUAUCCAAAAUAAUGACUUCUUUGUUAAGUCCUCCUCAUCGCAGGUCUACCUUGCAUCGAAGACCAACUCUUCCUUACAGGACUUGGGAAGCAGCACUUAGGCAGAAAGUGCAACAGUGGUACACUGUUGUAGGGCAAACUGACAACCCUGAUGGCUGUGCAGAAAAGCUUGGGCUGUGCCCUCAGUUUUUUAAAGUCCUUGGGGAAGUUAAUCCUUUGGCGGGAAAACCAUUUCAUGAGCUCCCUUUCUACCAAAAAGUAUGGUUGCUAAAAGGCCUCUGUGACUUUGUAUAUGAAACACAAAAAGAUGUUCAAGAUGCUGUGCUUGGGCAGCCUAUCCAUGAGUGCAGGGAAGUGAUCCUUGGUUAUGAUUUCUUGGAGAAUGCCUAUGUUCAUUUUCCACAGUUCUGUGGUGCUGAUGUACGGAUUUACAAACAGAAGCCUUUUCAAGCCCCUGCAUUUCCAGCUCCGCCCAUCAAAGUAAAAAAAGUACCACGGAUUAAAUUGGAGAAAGUGAAAUGUGAGUAUGCCAGCAAAAGCAAUGGGGAAGUCAGAUUUGGUGGUAGAGAAGAGUGGCUACCUCACUGUAAGAUAGAAGCAGGGAAAAGUAUGGAUUCUCUUGUUUGUUGUCCAGCAAAAAUUCACUUGGAUAGCUUCAGUAUCACCACAGAAAAAGAAAUGAAACCCAACUGUGAAAUUAAAAUGCAUAAAGCCUGUGACAAAAAAAACCCUGGCUGCUGUAAAGAGAACCAAGAGAAGCCAAUUAGUCCAGGAGAAAUUGUUGGCUUUGGGGAACCUCUCAGCCCAGGAGAAAUCAGGGUUCUAGAAAAUGGAGAGAGAGAUCACAAAGCUUCCCUAAUAAAAACUGAGCUCAGCCCAGUAAAAACAAAUACCCUUAAAACCUGCCAAGUACAUGUGAAUGGGAGUCAUAGCAACAAUCCAGACAUGAAAUGCCACAAAGUUACAAGAGAAAUGAUUUUGGAAAAUUCACUAUGGAAUAAUAAGAAACUAAAACUUACUAAGAUGCGGGCGAAAAAGAAGAAAAAGAAAAAAAAGAAACUGAAAGACAUUUUGAAUGCACAUCUGCAGAGAAAGCGUGAUGACCUGCAAAGAAAGCGUGAGAUUCAUCCUCACUCAUUCAAAACUUACAAACCUGAGAUCCAGAAUAAGUUGUUUAUCAUAAAAAAGAAAGCAAAACACAAGAAGCACAAAUCUGGAAAAAAAUCCAUAUCUAAAAAAGCAAUUACGAAGAAGAGGAAAGCUGUCACAAAGCCUUCGGUGCCAGAAUUUCAGCUUAUUUGCACUAAUCUUGAUGAACUCAGGGAACUAAUCACAAAAAUCGAGAAUGAACUCAAAGAUCUGGAGAACAUUAGAAAGAAAUCGUUAGAGGAAUGUGACCUCUACACAUCUGAUGUUCCCUCCUCAGGAUUGGACCUUAGUCCCAGUGUUCAGCAUCCUGAAAAAGUAAACAUUUCGGGAAGAUGGUACCAUCGGAAACAAGCAGUAAAGGAAUUGCACUGUACAUUGGUACGACUGCUAAAUGAAUUGUUACCAUGGGAACCAAAACUAAUGAAGGCAUUUCAGAGAAACAGGUCUCGACUGAAGAAGGACUAUGAUGAUUUUAGAAGACAACCAGACCAUGAUAAAUUUACCAGAGAACUAUGGAGUAAUGAAGAAGCUGAAGUUGAUAAUGGAAAAGAAUCUUUCAGUGCAGUAACCAGUAAAUCUUUAGAAGCUGCAGAGCAUCUAGAGAUCCUGCAAAAAGAUCACUCAGAGUUUGAUGAAAUGAAACUGGAAAUGGAGUUUCCUGCAGGAAGGAGCAGGCUACUGAAGAAAGAAUUGACUUCUAAAGAAAUACAGAAGACAGUGCCUAAAUCUAUUAAACGUCAGUCCAAGCAAAAUAGUUACCUGGAUGAUAGCACAAAAGACCUUUCACCAAGGAAGAAAGCUAAAUUAAGCACAAAUGAGGCUAUGGUCCAGAGUGCAGAAAGUGAGAUGCACACUAACAGUUGUUUGAGUGAAUUGAAACAAAGCAGGCUAUCGCCUUUAGAAUCAUUUACCUUGACUGAUUCUGCAACGUCAGUAUCAAGCUUUCUGAAAGAGACCAAACCCAUCCAGGCUUUGCUUGCUAAGAAUAUUGGGAACAAAGUGACCUUAACAAAUCAGCUGACAACCCCUAUGGGUAUGGACAUAUUUGCUUCUGAAAAGGCAGUUAUGUCAUCUAUGGAGUCAUCCCCACUAAAGCCAGCAUUGCCCUGCAAGACCAAUUCAAAUAGUCCUUUACAAAUGGUAUACAAAAUGCCAAGUGGCCAUUGUGUACCAAUAGAUGUCCACAACAGCUCAGUGAAGAUUCAAAUGCAGCCUGUGAUUGACCCUAAAACAAGAGAAAAAGUCAUGCAGCAAGUUCUUAUUUUACCCCAAAAUUUUCUCAUACAACACAAAGAAGGAAAAGCAGUGGCAAAGCUGCACUGUACAUCUUUUCCACAGGCAGCACAUGUUAAUGAUUCUUUAGCACCUGUUCUUGUAAAUCCAACUGUAAAUGCUACCACUCAACUGUCUUCUACAGUUUUUAACAAGAGUGUUACACAUUUGUCACAAGUGACUAGUCCAGUGAACAGACCACAAUCUUUGUCCUCUGUAACUGCAGCAAGUAACUUACAAGCACCAGCAGUUAAAAUGAGCCAAAGUGAAGCUGGCAAAACGAAGACUUCAGUUUCACCUGCCACAUUCUCUGUACCUUUACCUUCAUCCACUGUUUCCACAUUAGGUCAGCCUUUGGCAUCAGCAACAACAUUAAGUGGAUCUGCAAAUACUACUUGUUCCAUUCACAAUGUAGCACCACAGCAGACUAGUGACUCCUGUGAAGCUAAACAGGAGCUUAAAACAGUGUGUAUAAGAGAAUCGCAGUCCAUUCUUGUCACAACACGAGGGGGGAACACUGGAAUUGUUAAAGUACAGACAAACCCAGACCAGAUUUCACCUAAUAAUUUAUCUUCAAAUUCAGUUUUCACUUAUGCACCUCAGCUUCAGGCAUUUUUGGUUCCAAAAUCCACUAUGUUGUCAACCUCUACUUUUUCAUCUAUGGUGACAGCCGCAUCUAGUCUCCCACUGUUUGGUCAGUCUUUUGUUUCUGGGUUUGCCCCCUCAACAUCAUCAUCUGUUACCAUUCCAGCCAUUCCUGCAGGCUUAAACCAGAUAAUAGGGAAAAAUCUCAAAUUUCCAUUAGGGCAGCUUCCCACUAGUGGCAGUUUCGAUCAAGUAAUAGAGAAAACUCAGCAGGUAUCAUCUUCUACUUUCUUGUCCUCCAUUUCAUCAACUAGCACUUUGGUGCCAGCAACUCCAAAUAGUACUGUUAAUGUAAUUAGCAUUUCUUCAGGAAAUAUUGAACAAAGUAGCACAGUCAUUACCCAGAUUCCUUCAGUACAGCAACAGGUUAAUAUUAAAACCAAAAAAUGUCCUGUUACACAACCUGAGACAGCUACAGCAACAAAUGGAGAUGUGAUCCGUGGUACUCCGAUUCAAAAACUUAUGUUGGUCACAAAUCCACCUAUUAUUUCUCCUUGUGGAGCUACAGGAGUAAAUAUAUUACCUGCUCCAACAUCCACUGGUGUUAGUGCCCCAAAAUUAGUUUUCAUUAAUGCUCCAAUUCCCAGUAGCUCAUCAAACACCAGUCUAGUGGCAGAAUCAUUAAAACAGACCCAGCCUUCCUCCGUAGGCAAAACAUAUGUUAACACCCCAGAACAACCUCAGUUACUUCUAAUUCCAUCUACCGUGGGAGCACCAGUAAAAGUAAGUUCAUCACCUACUGUGUCUCAAGUAAAAGAUGUUAAAAUUGGACUAAACAUAGGUCAAGCCAUUGUAAAUACCACAGGCAAUGCACAGCAUGUUCCACCAAUUAACAUAUUGAAGUCUGCAGCCCUCAAAGGAACAGAUGACACAAACAGCAAGGGUUUUAUUUUGCCUUUGUCAACAAGUGGUAGUUUCGUUCCAGGAUGUUCAGGUUUAGUGAGUCAAAGUAUUACAUCUGUUAAUGAAUCUAUAGGUGUUGCAACAAAAGCGGCAAAAGCUUUUACAGUAACAACAGCAAAUGCAUGUUUAGAUUCUGUUUCAGUGACACCAAGUGGGACUUCUGUUGGCACGCGACCCACUGCUUUGGUUAGUGGAAAUGACACUUCUUCAAGAAUAAGGCCAGUUUUAACUAAUCGACUGUGUACGUCAAAUAUUGGAAAUACUAUGGCCAUAUCGACUGUGAAAACAGGACAUCUUGCUUCAUCUGUUCUUAUUUCAACUACACAACCAAGAGUAUCUUCUCAAAGUGUAUCAUCUGCUUUACAGUUUCCAGUUACCUUGCCUGGACCUGUGACAGCCUCAACUAAAGUCAUUCAAACCGUUCCUCGCUUGACAGCCGUUCCAGCUGCUGCACAAUGUCUGUCCCUUCCAAAAGGACAGCCCCCCACACUGGUACAAUUUCAGUCACCAGGAAUUUCAGCUGCAGUGCCAACUAAUGCAAACUUUCACAAACCUCAAAAUGUAAUGCCAUCUGCUUCACCAAAUACAGGUAAAAUAAUUAGUUUUUCCAACUUUGCUUCUCUCCCAUGCCAGCAGAUACCUCCUAGUUUAGCAAAACCAGCUCACACUUGCUCUUGUGCUCCAGGUUCCUCUGUCUUUCAGACUGCUGCUGCUUCACCGAUUGUAACUAGUCAGGCAAUGGGUCAGUUGAAUGAAACUUGUAUUCCACAGAAAAUAGUUAUUAACACCUCUACGCCUUUGGCACCUGGAACUCAUAUCAUGAUUAAUGGCACUCGAUUUAUUGUUCCACCGCAAGGCCUUGGAGCAGGCACCCAUAUUCUUCUCAUCUCUGCUAAUCCAAAACAUGGGCCUCCUUUAUUUCUUAACAAUGGCCAAGGGGCUCGAGGUGUACCAUUUGUUAAUCAUAUUCCCCAGAACAUCACACUAGCACCAAGUAACUCAUUAAGUUGGCAGACGUCAAAACAUCCUCUGAAAAGCUCUACAAAAAUUGUGAACUCUCUUGGGACAGCAAACACUCUGCCCAUCGUACAUGCAACACCACAGAUAGUAAACACUGCUGCUAAAUCGUGCGUUCCACCCUCUACAACAGUACUGUCUGUGUCUUCAGUGAUAAAACCUCCAGUUAAUGUUUUGGCUAAAACUUCUUUGGUUCCUGCCAUAAAUGCUGAUAACUUUCAGUUACCAAGUAGCGCUUCAGUAUUUCACUUAGAUACAUCUAUCAAGAAAUUGUUGGUCAGCCCAGAAGGAGCCAUUUUGAAUGCUAUAAAUACUCCAGCAUCAAAGGUGGCUUCUUCUCUGUCUUCAUCCCUGUCACCAGUUGCAGUGUCCAAAAGCAUAAAUGCUACUAGUGUCUUCCCUACUUUUCAGUCAUCUGGUCUAGGUAAAUCUGACAAAGCCGCUUCCUGAAUUUGGAGUAAUCGAGCCAAUUUCACAUGUUUGGGGCAUUCUUUGGACUUUGGAAAUCAUUGUAACUGUUGAACAUUUCUUACACUGUUUGAAACAUACUUUAAAUAGUUAAUUUCUUUAAACUACUUUGUAUUAGAUUGCAGCUGUUUUCAGUUUCCUUGUGGGAGUUGUAAGAGGCUCUGUUUCAUUUUCCUCUAAGCUAAGCUUUCAAAGGGUUAUUUAAUAAAAUGGUCAAAAUGACCAACUUGUUAAUAUACAUAGCAACGUGUAAAAUUUGAUUUUAGUUUAAAGGAAUCUAGCAUUUUGCACAUUUACAUUGACAUGUUUCAUUUAAUGAUUUGAACCAUUAGGCGGCAUGUUUAUAACAGUAUGUGUCUUUUUUAAAUUUUUGUCAAAUCUUAUUUUCGUUUGAUUUGUUUCUGUAAAAAAGAUAUUUAUGCAUUGUAAAAAUCCAGUCCAUGGUGUAAAAUUGUACAUAUUCCUGAUCCUUAACAAUCUGUACUAAACUAUAUGUACACAGAACUAUGCUGUCUUAUUUAUGUUUUGUUUACAUAAUGUAUAGUUUUUUAAGUAUUUUAGUAAUUUUGGACCAGUGUACUGUUAAGCAACAAUGCAGAAGAAUCUGCGUGUAAUAAAUCAAGUUGCUGUACUGCUUUGUUUUGACAA